AUCGAUAAAAUAUAGAUUGAGAAAUAAUCAAAUCCGCCAUUGCCAAUCAAAUCAAAAGCUCUUUCUAUUAUUUGCAUCCGUCUUGUUCUUCUUCUUCUUCUUCCUCUCUUCUUCAAGAAUCUCUACGAAUCAAACAAAGAAAAAUGUUGAAGCAUCACCAAUGUUUUCGGUGGUUGCUACUGCUCUCUUCCAUAGGAAUUAUGAUACCAUAUUUGGAAGGGGUUGUAAUAAACAACAAGAACGAUCAUCAAGUCAUAAAAACAAAGACUUAUAUGACUCCAUUCUUCACUUUAAAACCUGGCCAUGUAGUGGAGAGAUUCUUCUAUAAUACCAACUUUCCCGAAGGCCAUAUUGCUAUCAAAAGUUUUGAUGUUGAAGUCGUAGAUGAAGAAGACAAUCCCAUCCCUCUCUUUGAAACUUAUCUUCACCAUUGGGGAAUUCUAAGGUAUUACCAACGCAAAGACACAAAAGAUCCACACAUCAACACUUCCUUCACUCAACUCCAAGAACCAAAUUUCAUAAUAGCAGGAAACAGUGGAGUAUGUCAAAAACAUGCACUUCCACAAUUCUUUGGGACAGGGGCAGAUUCAAGAAAAACAUCCUCAUUUCUUCCACACCCAUAUGGAAUAGAAGUUGGUAAUGAAAAGGAAGUCCCUUUAGGGUAUGAAGAGAAAUGGGUUCUUAAUAUUCAUGCCAUUGAUACAAGAGGUGUUGAAGAUAGAAUUGGAUGUAUUGAAUGCAAACGUCAUUUGUAUAAUGUUACAAAAGAUGGGUUGGGAAUGGCUUUGGAAGAUGAUUAUAUUGGAGGUUUAAGAUGUUGUUAUGAUCAGACCCAAUGUAAAGUGAAAAAAGGGUAUGAUAAUGAAUUAGGAGAUGAUCAACAAAGGAACUUGUAUGCUAGAUAUACAGUCAAGUGGGUGGAUUGGGAUGAUGAUCUUGUUAUUCCUCUUAAGGUUUACAUUUUUGAUAUCACAGAUACUUGGAAGCCAUUGAUGGACUCAACAGGAGCUCCACAACAACAUAAUUGUCUUGUGGAGUAUAAUGUAAGAGGGACUUGCUCCACAAACAAGGUUGGUGAUGAAUGUAAUGCUACAAAAAUGGUGAGGCUAUUGUCUCCAAGUAGUGGCUAUAUCAUAUAUGGAAUGGCUCAUCUCCAUGUUGGUGGUCUUGGUUCAGUGCUUUAUGGACAGGAUGGAAGAGAGUUAUGUUCUUCAUCUCCCAUAUAUGGAAAUGGAAGUGAAAUAGGGAAUGAGAAGGGUUAUGUGGUUGGGAUGUCAACUUGUUAUCCAAAGCCAGGCUCAGUCAAACUCAACAAUAAAGAAAUGUUAACUCUGAUAUCCAAAUAUCAUCCUUCUCAAACUCACAUUGGAGUUAUGGGUCUCUUUCAUAUUAUGGUCGCACAAAAAUUACCAAACUCAAUCAUUCAAAUGGAACCACUCAAACAACUUGCUAAUGAUCGUAAGAAGAAGAUCACCAUGUAAAAUCUUUAUAUUAUUAUAUUCCAAUUGACGGGUCUAUGAAUAAGAUAACGAUAAUGAACUCUGUCAUGUACUAAUUUAGACCUAUGGUAUGGUAUUGAACUUAAAACGUUUGUGUGUUUGUAUAAUGUUAUAAUAUAAGAUUCCACUGUG